CUUUGAGUGCUUUCGGAAUGUGUGGUCGGAAAGCUACACUCGCUGUCAAGUAGGUUGCCGCGAAAAAAACAACACAAUGACGGAGUUAACCGUAAACAACCGGAGACUCAUGCUUGUUGAGUACCCUGCAAUUGUUAAAAACGUCGACAAAAUGCUCGAAUCACUAGGCGGGAUUGGAGAAGUUUCCAAGACGUACUCCGACCCGACCAGGAGACUCGAAGUAAAGUUUAGGCCCGACGAUCCAUAUUCCAAAAGUGCGUACGCAAAUCGAUACCAGACGUCCUGUCUCCUGCUCAAAGUUAAGAAAAACAAGUCCGAAAAAGAGCCCUACGCGGUCUCUAUCGAGGGGACCAUCAACACUGUAUACAAGUUCCGUGGCAUGGUGGACUUUCAGUUCCUUCCCAUGGAAAGAAAGGGUGAUGGGACGUACCAGUCCCUCCUGGAUACCAUCAUACCCAGCGGCCUUCCCAGCACAGACUGGUUGGAUGGUGAAGCGCCCAUCUUCAUCAUGCCUCAGGUGUUCUCCCGUCUCGACAUGCCGGCAGUGCAAGCCCUGCGCGAUGAGCCCAAGCACAGGCCGACGAAACCCCGUGCUUCUGCCGGUCUGCAGAACGUAGUCGGCGGCUUUCGGCAGCGGCGCAUGAAGUUUGCCUGUUUCUACAACUUCGAAGAUGCAGAAGUCCCGAAGAAGCCCAAUCCGGAAGCCUGGAAGCAGCUGGAGUUGCGGCCUGCAGAUCCAGAUAUACAGAAGCGUGUUUUCGAGCUGUUCGACGAAAGACCCUUGUGGACCCGAAGCGCGUUGCAAGUGCUGCUUCAGGUAUCGCCUGCAAGGUUCAAGCUGGUGCUGCCCGUCGUGGCGUACUACACCUUGACUGGGCCAUUCCGCACUGCCUGGGUGCGUCUGGGCUUUGAUCCCAAGAAGGAUUCGUCGACCAAGCCGUACCAGAUCCUCGAUUUUCGGCUGAAAUCUUCACCCGCCAGACUGUGCAGUGAGGUGACUCCGAAACGUGGUCACGGCGCUUAUCUCGUUCCGACCAAAGUGCUGGGGACGCCCUCUCGCACCACUGUUGCCCAAACAGAUGCACUGGCGCCCCCUUCAAAGAGCGCUUCGGACGUUCCGCCGGACUUGGAGCUCACUUGCAGUUUCAUCCCUGGCCGUCUGCCGCCGUAUAGACAGAUGUUCUACCACCUGUGCGACAUCAGGCUUCAAGAAGUGCAGGACAUGAUCCAUGCAAACGACGGCCGGGAGACCGUCUGCCACGAACGUGACGGCUGGUGCAAGGUGGGCACCAUCGCAAAGUGUCGACAGGCCAUGGUACGAGAAAUCGACAAGACCCUCGCAUCCACAGAUGCUCAAGAACUGCUCUCUUCGGAAGAGGAGGUAUCGGAAGACGAAUCGUCCGAGGAUGAUCUUGACGAAAGUAAUCUGCCAGAGGACUGAGGACACCGUAGCUUAGCAGGCAAAUAUGCCUGUUCCGCGACGGAUUUACGAGAAAAAUGAGCGGAAUUAUGCAGUAAAGUGGCUACACAUCUACCAUA